UGAUUAUUAUUUUUCUUAUUUGUAGAAGAAGAGUACUAAGAAGAAUGAAGGAGGAGAAAAGAAGAAGAAAGAAGGAGGAGAAGAGAAUAAGAAGGAUGGAGGAAACUUAAGUCUUGUUUUGAAAUCAUGUAAUUGUGAAGGAUGUGCUACAAAAGUUGUCAAAGCCAUUUCAAGUGUUGGAGGUGUGGAGAAAGUUAUGUGUGAUGUAGAGUCGAAGAAACUAACUGUGAUUGGAAAAGUUGAUCCGGUGAUGUUACGAGAGGAAGUUGAACGGAAAACACAGAAGAAUGUUGAAGUUGUCUCUCCGAUACCAAAAAAGGACGGUAAGGGAAAAGGAGGUGGCGACAAUGGCAGUGAUAAUGGCGCCAGAGAGGAGAAGAAGAAGAUGCAGAAGCAGAACAAGGAUUCAAGGGAGAACACAGGAGGAGAAGAUAAAAAAAACAAAGAGAAAGAGACUCUGAUCACCACCGCAGUGUUGAAGUUUCAUUGCCGUUGUCAAGGAUGUAUUCAGAAAAUUGAUGAAAUCGUCACCAAAUUCAAAGGGUACAAGGAGAUGAAAGUAGACGAACAAAAGGAUUUGGUAACUGUUACCGGGUCGAUGGACAUGAAGGUGUUGGCUGAAACAUUGAAGAAGCAUUUGAAGAAGGAAAUCGAGAUUGUCCCGCCUAAGAAGGAAGACGGAGAGAAGAAAGAUAAAGGAGGUGGUGAUAACGGUGGUGGUGGUGGCAAAGGUAAGGGUGCUGGUGUUGGUGGUAACUAGGGGUGGCAAAAUUAGCCCAAGCCCAAAUGACCCGCCCAAUUCGCCCAAGGUUUGAUGGGUUUGGGCAAGAGUGAUUUUGAUAAGAAAAAACUACAGUUUAUAGAUAAUUUUUUUUAUAAUUGCAUGGUAUGGGUAAUGUUUUAAAUAAUUACAAUUCAUAGGUAAUUGUUUGUUAAAAUUCAGUUUUAUGUGAGCGCAUUU